AUGACAGAGAUUCUCGAAAGUGAAAGCCCCCCUACGUUUCUUCGACCGCACGAUGGGCCAGGGGCAUCUACAUCUCAGCCACGCAACACCCAGAGCAUUUCAGGGAACUCGUCUGGAGCAGGUACAGUUCCUCUGGAAGGGGAUUCACCGUCCACUCAUAGACAUGAGGCGAAUACGGAUGUAGUUCUACCGUAUUCUAUCGAGGAGCCAGACGACGAACCUGCCGAGACUGCAGGACGGACGACGGGCAAGCCGGUGAUACGCUUACUUGUUGGAGAUGAGUCGGAGAUGUGGCAGGGAGAGCUGGUGGACUCGAUGGAGGGGCUCCAGUGCGACUCAGACCAAAGCGCUAGCCAGACGAGAGGGAAGAAAAGAAAGCCUUCCACGACGGCAACAGGUACAUCUCGACCAUCGCGACAGUCAUCUUCCGGCUCUAUACCCAAUGCUCAACGUGACGAGUCCAAUGAUGGUCCCAAGAGGAGGCGCCGAAAAGGCAGAUGCACGAAGGAUCAUUUGUCCCCAGGGAUGUUUUGGCAGCAUGACAGCAUUGACGCGGCGCUAGCCAGAACGGGCUGGACCCUAACGUCCACCCGUCAAGCUGCUCAGAAGGCAAAGGAAGCCAUUGCGGCUGCUCCUGAUGUCAAGAGCCGAGGUCCUGCUGGCGCAAAGCGCAAGGAAACCACUGACAAGGGUCCGGCACCGAAGAAAGGGAAAAAGGAGGAUGACAAGGUAAAGCCCGAGAAGGAUCAGCAGCCCGCAACAGAGGACGAAGUGAAGACCACAGAAGAACGUGCGGAGGAGCCGGAAAAGCCAGAGUCAAAGCCAGAGGAAGCGCCUGAGAAGCCUGCGGAGAAGGAAGAACCGCAGAAGACGGACGAAGAGCCCGCAGCGGCGCCAUCUGAGCCCGCCGACAAAGCCGAGGAUAAACAAAAGCCGAACGAGCCCGAGGAGAAGCCAGAGCAGAAUGUAGAGCAGAAGCCGGAGGAAAAGAGUGAGGAGAAGCGCGAUGCAGAGCCAGACACCAAGCCAGAGGAGAAAUCCGAGGAGAAACCCGCUCCUGCUGCUGACGGCGCCGAAACCGGCGUCAAGACGUCACAGGAGCGGGAGGAGAAGGUCGCAUCAAAUGUACUCGAAAAGGGAAUUGUCUAUUUCUUCUACCGACCGCGCGUAAAUGUGACAGACCCGCAAAGCGUUAGCGAUGUUGCCCGCAGCUUCCUGGUGCUGAGACCAACACCCAUUGGCGCCACAUUGAACCAACAGCAGGGCUCUGUGGAGCCUGGCGCAAAGUGCCGGCUACUGAUGCUGCCCAAGAAGAAGUUUCCCACCUCUGGCAAAGAACGGGACAUGGGAUUCGUCGAAAAGGCUGGACACAGUAUGAAGUCGCUUCAAGAGAGCUUCAUCGCUGGCGAUACGUACGAAACGUCUACCCGUGGCGAACGAACUGUUCCCGAAGCCAGACCGUUUGCCGAGGGCGUCUACGCGAUCACAUCUACAACUCGGGCGUCUCACUUGGCUUAUAUUUUGACCAUUCCGGAGACUAUUGGAUCUAUUCAGGAAGACUUUGGUUUGCAUUCUCGGGGCAGCUGGGUUAUACAGUCGAAGAAUCCUAAAUACCCUGGCCCAUCCUAUGCUCAAAUUCAAAAGGACCCCGAGUAUCCUGAAAGUAUACGCGAGAAGUUCGGCGACUACCGUUGGGUCCCGUUGCAGCCAGAAUUCAUUGACUACCCCAACGCGCAGUUCCUGAUGAUUGGUGAGGCCACCGACGACCUGGGCAAGGCCGCGACAGCCGAAGAGGGCGGUAAGCAGGCCAACGAAGCACAGCCCGGAGAAGAAUUGGAGAAGCUGGGGCAGGAGAAUGAAGAGCGGAUUGAAGCUCUACGGGGCGACGACACCAUCUAUGAAGAUCUAGGAUUGGAUGCGAAGAACUAUCCCAAAGUGCCGACGACCUGGAACAGCGAAUGA